AAGCUGUCAUCAAGAUUCAUCGUUUUACACCGGAAGAGUAUUGGGAUUGUUGUGUGAUACCAUACUUGAAAUCCCAACCAAUUAUCGAUAUUGUGAUUGUCGAAAAGCUUUUUGAACAAUUACCAUCUCUUAGUUCAUACCAUUCCUUCAAGGACAAACUUAGAGAUAUUGAUUUCGUGCCAGGCGGGACAAUUCAAAUGGCCCAAGAAGACCUUUACACGAUCAAACGUAAGCCUGCUGAUCUAUUUGAUCCAACCAACCAGGAAAUCGCUCAAUUAUUUUUCGAUGACGAAAAAGUUUUUCCUGUUGGAAAGUUCUCUAAUGCAUGUAAUCAGCACUACCACAUUUUAAAAGAACUGGGAAUUAGGACCUCACUUACACAAAUGGAUAUCGUUAAUCGUAUUAAAACUUAUGUCGAACUUAGAGAAAGGAACGACUUUGAUUUGCAUAACAAAUCACUUAAUUUGUUUAGAUAUAUUGAUAAACAUUGGAAUUCAUUUGAGGAUAAUAAUACUGAUAUUUUGUCAACUGUUAAAUCUUUGCAAUGGAUUCCAACCAUUAAUAAAACUGGCGAUAAGGGCUUUUCUUGUUUGCUUGAGAAUGGAUGCCGCGAUAAAAAAGAUGAGAAUUUAGUAUCAUUGGUCGUUCCAUUUCUCGACUAUCAAGUUGAGAACCUUACGCUUCGCAAUCAUUUGGGAUGGAAUGUAUAUCCUCCUGCAGAAUUGGUUCUUAAACAAAUGCACCAAUGCUCCCUAAUGUCUAAAAGUGAUCCAAAUUUUAAAAAUCAAUCUCAAAUUUGUGAAGCAGUUUAUAAACAUAUUAGUGAAGUUUUGUCAUGUAACGACGAACAACAUAAGUCAGAAUUAAGUAGAGGGUUGAAAAACGAAAAAUGGAUUUUUUGCGGGGGUAAUUUUUAUGCAACAGAAAAUGUAUUCUUUGAUCUUUCAGAGAAUUUUGGAAGGGAUAUUGUUAAAUUGCCAGAUGAUUAUCGAAAUAGGUUUAAUAAAGUAUUUAAAAAUAUGGGAGUUCAUAAAAGACUUGGGAUUAAUGAUCUGAUUAGAAUAAUCAAAGAAAUUGAUCUUGAAGCAAAUCAUAAUUCAUUAACUAAAGAGCAAUUAUCUGAAGUAAUUAAACUUCUUAAGUAUUUUGCAGAUGAACACACUAAUUCUAAGAAAGACGACUUGAAAGACGACUUGAAAGACUUACUUAUUCCAAGUGUCGAUUCUACUCUUCUCAAGCAUGAAGAAGUUUAUUUUGAUGAUAGGCCUGAAGUUAACAAAACUGAGAAGAAGAAUUAUAAACUCUCACAUCAGGAAAUAACACUUGAGCUUGCAGAAAGUCUUGGAAUUCAGAUGCUCUCCACCGUAUUUUUAAAAUGCAGCGAGAUUGAAUUUGAAACUUCUGAAAAAAUCAGAAUAAAAAAUAUUAUUACUGGAUGUUCGCUUGAUACUUUGUUUAAAGAGUUUCUUAAGAACGCUGAUGAUGCAGGAACUAGAAAAUUUUCUAUCUAUCUUGACGAGAGGAUUUUAGAUAGGAAUCCCGAAAAACCCACUCUCUUGUCUAAAGAAAUGCAUAAUUGUCAAGGCCCAAAUGUUUGGAUUUACUAUGAUAAGAAAUUUGAUGAUUUUUCUGAUCAUAAAAACAAUAUAGGUCGUGCUGGAAUUUUAACCGAUAUUUUAUCUUUCGUAAGCGGAGAAAAUGUAACAUUCCUUGAUUUCCAUGAUCCUCAUGCAAUGUUUCUUCCCUUGCAAGGUUAUCCUCCAAAACGGCCUCGAAAAAUUAAGUUUAAUUUUCUUGAGAAUGAUUUUUUAGCCAAAUUCGAAGAUCAAUGUAAACCAUAUUUGAAUAUAGAAGAUUGUGACUUUAAUAAAGAAUUUAAUGGCACUUUGUUUAAAUUGCCACUUAGAAAUGCAGAGUCGCUGAAUUCAACAAAAUCACAAAAAAUUUUAGACCAUUUUCGGAGCAAAAAAAAUCACCAGGAACUUCUUUUCUUGAGAAACAUUGAAUUAUACAACGUAUAUCAUAUAGACAAGGAUGGAAAUAAACAAUUGAUUUGGGAAAUGAAAAUUCAAAAAUUAAAAGAUAAUUAUAGGGAUAUUCGCAGAAAAAUUGAGUGCACACCGAAAGUUUUUCAGGUUAAUACAAGAAUAUAUGACAAAAAAAAGAGAACUUUCGAGAUAUGGCUUGUAUGCACGGGUGGAAAUUCUGAAAAAAACAUGGAUGAUAAUUUGGUAAAUUUUUCAAAAAAAGAAGGACUUAAGGCUUAUGGUGGUGUCGCUGCUAUUCUUUCACGGUCAGAUAAUGAAGACGAUCUUUUAAAAGAAAUUUUAAUAGAUCCACCCAUUCUUGAUGGAAGGGAAUAUGUAUAUGUCUCAAGUGAACGUUCAGUAAAUUUAGGAGUGCAUAUAAAUGGCGAUUUUUAUCGAUCUAUAGAUAAGAAAGAUAAAAAAGAUACUUCACAAUCAAAGAAUAACGAUUAUAUAUAUAGAAAAUGGAAUCGACAUAUUUUACUUGAAGUACUCCCACCUUUGCAUGUUAAAUUGUUAAAUGAAAUCGCUAAAAAAGAUUUAAAACGAUUCAAGAAUUCUAAGACCACUCUUGGAAACUUUUUUCCACACAUAACUAAAAACUUCUUACUUCUUGGUAAUGAAAAAGAAAUAGAAGAUGAAUUAAUUGAUUCAUAUAGGACAAAGGUGCUACAAAAUCUUGGUGAUAGUGAAAUAUUUUGGACUGAAGCUGAUGAUGGCAAAUUUGUGUCAUUAAAAAAUGCAUAUUUUUCCGAAGAGAAGGAUUAUAUUAUUGCUAAUAUUCUUUCCAGGCAUGGUAUUCCAACUGUAAGGAUGGAUAUAGACAAACUCAGUUACCUAAAAGACAAAAUAAAAGGAAAAAAGUCUAAAUAUCGGCCUAUGAAAUUUUCUAAAAUAUUACGAGAAAAUAAUAAUAUUCUAAGUUCCAUUGAACAGGGACAAAAUGAUUUUAUUAGUAUUAUAAAGUUAUUAAAAUUCAUUUUGCAAGAUGAGGAUAAUAAUUUAAAUUUGAAAUUAAAUGGGUUGCGAUUAGUGCCUUUAAAAAAUGGUACUUUUGGCACUUUUGGAGAACGUGACUAUUAUAUAGCGGAAAAAGACUGUCAAGGGUUAUUCCCGAAGUCUGGUCCUUCUCAUUUUAUUUACGACUCAGAUUAUGAAUUUAUUGAAAUUUUUAGGAACGAGCGCUUUUCUAAUCUUCGCAUUAAAAGACUUGAUACCCAAGGCGUUCUUUAUCUUCUGGAAGAGGAACUCCCAAAUAAACAGGAGAUGGAAUGGAAUCCUUCUUCAGGAUCGAUUCCUAAUCGACAGUGGCUUGAUGCUGUAUUUGAAAUCAUGAAAUUAGACACAGGAUCUGAAAUUGUGUUACCUAAUUGUCCGUUGAUCCCUGUUAUUCGACCGAGUCACAAACUUGUUAAAAUAGACUCGACAAAUUCUUUAUUAAUCAAUCCGAAUGAUAAUGACCCUAUGGCCUUUAUAGUAGAGGUUCUUGCAAAAUUGGGAAUUUGUUUCACAGACAUAAAAUUCCCCAACAGGUGUCUGAAGCGGAGUAUAAAAGCUUUUAAUUAUUCUAACGUUUUUAAAUCUAUAAAACAAGCAUCACGGAAUAUUUCUAUAGGAACGUUUUUUAGCGAUGCAAAGUUGGAUGAUGCUGAUUACAGGAAACUUAGAGAAUAUAUUAAAAGCUUUAUCAAUGUUAAUGCCAAAGGAAAUGAAAAAAUUUUAAACAUCAUUCGAGAACUUCCAAUUUGGCCAAUUCGUUCACCAAUAAAACAUAGAUUCAUUUCUGCAAAUGAUAAAGGAAUAUUACCGCCACAUAAUCUUCCAUGUCCCUUACAGGAUUCUGUCAUCUUUGAUGUGCAAGAUGAAUAUUAUGAUGUGCUUAUUUCACUUGGUGUAAAAAAGAUUGAAGUAUAUGAUUUUUUCAGGCAAUAUUACCAUUAUGAAUCAGGUGAACCGCCAACGCAACAGGAUGUAAAAUUCCUUAAGAAAAUCCUAUCACUUAAGAAUAAACGAAUUGAGAGUUAUCUUGCGAGUCGUGAAGCAAUUCCUAAUAGGAGUCUCAAAUCAUUUGUAAAGGCCAGUACUCUAUAUGAUGCGGAAGUAGAUUUAUUUAAUCAAAUAUUUGAUGAAGAUAAAUUGCUUCCACUUGAAUUACAAGAUAGUAGUGCUUGUCGAUCCGCUUUAUUAGAAAUGGGACUUAAACGAAACUUGAAUGGAAGCGUAUAUCUCGAAUGUGCUCUUGAAAUUCAAAAGAAAAUUAAUGGUCCAAAAAAAGGUUAUUUCAAAAAUCUAUUGAACCAUUUUACUAGUUUUAAUGACGAGAUCAGACCACUCUCAAUAAAUUUGAUAAGUCAUCUGAACGGAAAUUAUAAUAGCUUUAGUGAAAAUGAACGGAAACAACUCUACGAAAUAGAUUUUGUUCCCUCUAAAAAAGAUCUCCCGAGUCCUUAUAAUAAGACAGCAGUCCCUACUUCAGAAUACGAAUCGUUUAAUUCGUUAUGUUUUGUAAAGUAUAUAGAUAUAUGUUGGACACAAACAAAAUUUAUUUAUUCCGACAUUGAACUGCCCUUCGAUCUCCGCCCAGGUCUUAAAAUGGUCAUUAAUCAUUGGAUUGAACUGUCUAAAGUUUUUCCUUCCGAAACAUCAGGUUGGAAAGGCGAUAGAAUACAUGAAAUUAUGAAAAAAAUUUAUCAAGUUGUGGAUGAUAAUUUAAACCUUUUGGAUGAAUGUAAAAUUAGAGAAUUUGAACUAAAAGAUACUAAGCUUUUCCUAAAUGGUGAUAAUCCUUUUGAUUCUAAUUGCUGGAUCCCUGGCAAAAAGCUUGUAUUUGGUCUUCAAAAUAAUAUAAAUGACCGAUUUGGUGUAAAUGAUCGUUUAUUACCAUUUAAGAAACUACUAAUAGCUUUAGGUGCAAAAGAAGUCGACAAUAAUGUUAAAAUGGACGAGAUACCAAUUAAUUAUUCACAAAGUGACCAUUUAAUUAAAUAUAUGAUCAAAUGUCUGCAGAAUCAGGACUCAUAUUAUGAUAUUAUAUUCAAGAUUGGGGAUCACAAUAUUCGCGCAAAUCGUUGUGUUCUAUCAAGUUUUGCAAAAUAUUUCGAUUGGCAUUUUUCAAAGGAACACAGAGAUGAAAUUACGAUCGAUGGAGUUCAACACAAAACUUAUGAAGUACUCUUAAGAUGGCUUUAUGGAAUGUCAUAUGAAGAUGCUGUUAUAAAUGUUUUCUAUGAAGGUUUUUCAGAUUCUGGGCAACAAUAUCUAGAUUUUAUGCUUGAGCUUUUGAAAGUAUCACAUAAAUUUAGUCCUUUAAAUAAUAUAAUUCAAAACAAUAUCAUGCUAAAAAACAUCAUAAAUGUAAGUAAUGUGAAGAAAAUAAGAAAAUUUAGUCACGAUUAUAAUGCGAAACAACUUAACAAAAGCUGUGAAGAAUAUAUACGAAAGAAUAAGAAUAUUAUUGAUACAGAGGGUUCAUGUGAUUAA